UUGAUAUUUUGUUUGGGUUAGCGUUAUAAAGAGCACAAAAAUAAAGAUGGCGACGCGUAUUCUCAACCUCGCGGUGUGUGUAGUUUUCCUCGUAAUCUUCGCAAUGGCGGAUUCAUCUUCUCCUUCUCCUGCUGCUGCUUCUGCCUCACCGGCGGUUCACAUCGUUUACACCGAGAAACCACAGAACGAGGAGCCUGAGGCCUACCACAUCCGAACCCUCUCCGCCGUCCUGGGCAGCGAGGAGGCUGCAAAGGCUGCUUUGCUCUACAGUUACAAGUCUGCUGCGAGUGGAUUCUCUGCUAAGCUUACUCCUGAUCAGGUUGCUGAAAUUUCAAAGCAACCUGGUGUUCUUCAAGUUGUUCCGAGCAGGACACUUCAGCUCCAUUCCGGCCCCAAUCUGCAUUAGUGGAGGAAUUUCAAUGUUACUCCAAAGAUGUAAUGGUUCCAAACAGUUAUAUCCACCAUGUAUAAACUAGUUUGACUAGCUCAUGCUUAUAUAAAUAAGAAGUUGGAUGUAUCAUGGAUACGAUAUUUGCCAACAUUUGUUUUAAAUGUUUGUGAUUGUCUGACUUA